CUCUUAAAAGUGGAGGUAAGGAGCUGUGAGGCUCCACAGCGGAACGUGAACUCAAGAGGAGGCGACAGCUGUCAGAGGACCGACAAACACCACCAAGACUUUGCUUUGUUACAGGCUGCACAGAUGGAGACCAUGAAGAGUGACAAGAAAAGUGAGACAGGAGACGUUGGCAGUGAUUUAUCGGAGCAGAUUAAAUUGGCCACCAAGGACAGCCAUGAGAGAGCUGAAGCCACACAGCUGAUGCUGAAUUACCAGAAGGGACAGAUCACCCUGCCGCAGUACAAGGUGCUGUUGUGUUCCCUCUACGAGAUCUAUAAGGCGCUAGAAGAGGAGAUGGACAGAAAUUCCUCCCAUCCAGCUGUUGCACCGAUAUACUUCCCUCAGGAACUUGCCCGUCUGGAAUCACUCGAAACAGAUCUGGAGCACUUCUUGGGCUCAGACUGGAAGAAGAGGGUGAUUGUCCCCGCAGCCACUCUCAGAUAUGUGCAGAGACUCCAAAAGAUUGGCAAAGAGAGCCCAGAGCUGUUGGUGGCCCACGCCUACACUCGCUAUCUCGGGGAUCUAUCUGGAGGCCAAAUGUUAAGGAGAAUCACCCAGAAAGCUCUUAAUCUCAGCAGCAACGAGGGGCUUUCAUUUUUCGCCUUCCCCGGCGUGAGCAGCCCCAACCUCUUCAAGCGGCUGUACAGGAGCCGGAUGAACAGCAUCGAGCUGACGGAGGAGAAGAGGGCGGCGGUGCUGGAGGAGGCCGUUGACGCCUUCGAGUUAAACAUAAAGGUCUUUGACGACUUGCAGAAAAUGCUGAGUGUCCCAACAGAACCAGCGGAGUCAGAGGGCAAAGCUUCCAUGUUCCCAUCUUCAGCCAUCAUGCAGCUCACCGUGGGGUUGUGUGUCACCCUCACCACUAUUGGAAUGGGCAUCUAUACGUUGUAGGGUUUGAUGGGCACUUGUAGCAGAUACACAUGAAUAGCACUUUACUGAUUAACUAAUGCAACAAAUGAAAUGAAGACUGAAAUUCAGUCAGAGCAGAAACAGUGAUUUUCACAACUUGUUGUCAUUUUUAAUACAAACUUUAAUAAACAAUCCUACCUAUAA